AUGUCAUGUAAUAAUAAUAAUAAUAUUAUUACGAGUAGAUUCUUCUUGGUAUUUAGAAAUAUAAUCAUUCAAAGAAGAAUAUUUAGAGAUAUUGAAAGCAUAUAUAAAGAGUUGGGAGAACAAUCAAUGAAAGGAAAAGAUAUCAAAUUAAAUGACAAUCUAUUGGUGUAUCUUCGGUAUGGACGGACGGAAGAGUUUAUUAGAGGCAUGAAACGUGUCAUUCACAUCUACCCACCCGAUGGUGGAUUGAUCAAACAAGCACUGGUGUCAUGUGAUCAAGUGGCCGUAGAAUACCUCUUUCGAGAGUUUAGAGACAAACUCAUUUUGAAUCUAGACUUUUUCACAUUCAAGUGUAUGAAUGUCAAGACUGCAACACUCUUGAUCGAUUUUAUGAAUGGAUCAGAAGACGUCAAGAGGAAGCCAAUUGAACACCAUGUCUGGAGUUCAUGUGCAUCCUAUCACGCCGAGAAAUGUAAUGCAGCCAUGCUUUCACUACUUUGUCAACACUACUCGACCAUUUGUAAUGGUAGUCAUUGUAGAGGAGUAGCGUACAAGAGUCCACCAACCAAGAUGGUAUCACAAGAUUGCUUUUUUGAAACACUCAAGAUUUGUAAACAGUAUCAAAUAUACUCUCCCGACGAUUGGGACAGAGUGCUUUUAGAUGCGGCCAAAGCGUCCAAUUCGGCGGUUGUACACUAUGUCUUGACAUUUAGAAAGAGUCAUGGGAUUUUAUGCGACCUGUUUGAUAUUGCUGCUGGCAACAAUCUUCAACUACUCGACUAUCUCUAUCAAGAACAUAAUAUCAAGUAUGGACAGAAAGGAGGUGCUUUCAUUUCAGCGUGUUUCUCUGGUAACAUGGAGAUUAUGAAAUACCUUUUUGAAACGAUGCCUCCGUCUGCAACGGUGUGCUACAACCACGGUCUUGAAAUAGCUCUAUACAACUCUCACAUGGAUGUUGCCAACUAUAUUUUAGAUAACCAAUCGUCGACGAUUAAAGCUGUAGAUCCUGAGACAUUGACACCGAGCAAAUGGAUUGUAAACUAUGUCGGUAUGGAAAUUCUGUCGAUUGAAUUGCUAGAAAGACUGGUUAACCAUCCCAACGUAACCACGAUGUUUAAUUGGAUGCUUGGUAUUGCCAUUUCAGCUCGUAAACAGGAUAUUGUCCAGUAUCUCAUUUCACUACCAAAAUCAGACGUUUCAUUUGACCUUGAGCACGCGCUUUGUCAAGCUGCUAGUAUCAAUGACUUGGAGAAUGUCAAAUUAGUUCUCGAAUACAAUGGUUUCUUUCCUCACACUGUCGAUGUCCUCAGGGAAUGCAACGACAAUGAAGAGAUUGUAGAAUACAUCAUUCAAACAGUUCCAUCUAUCCAAGUAGACCAUGAAUACCUUCAUCGUCUCAUAUCAACCGGGUAUCCCAAAACAGCCCUUCUCAUGUUGAAAUACAAUAGGACAAAUUUCGAGACUGAUCUUUACAAUCAACCAAUAUUGCAAGCUGCCGCUGCAAAAGGUUCAAAAGAAUUGAUCAAACAAAUUAUCUCAAGUAUCACCUACCCACCCGAUUACUAUGCAUCCACAGGAUUAGAGUUGUUAUUAAAAGGAUGCGUUUCAAACCAAACUACAAAACAACAACAACAGAAUCCUCUCCUCCUAUCUACACAAGAUAUUAUAGAAAUGAUUGAUCUUUGUUUUUCAAAAUCAACAACAAUCCCUUCAAGAUGUUAUUUUCCCUAUUCAACUGCAUGUAAAUUAGAAGAUUUUGAAAUAUUUAAACAUAUAUUUGAAAUGGAUACUGCUAGAGUUGGGGUACCAUCACAACUAUUAGAAUAUGCUGCCUUUAAUAAUCGACUUGACAUUGUGAAAUUUAUAAAUGAACAAUUUCCAGGUCAAUUGUCAGCAUUGAGUGUAUAUGCAUUGGAAAGUAGUGCUACCUAUGGAAAUUUAGAAAUGAUACAUUAUCUAAAGGAUAAUGGAUUACCUAUACCGAUACCACGAAACUCUGUCGAUGGUAUCAUCAAGGGAGCAGCGUUUUGUGGAAACCUUGAUAUGAUCAAUGAUAUUGUACAAUGGUUUGAAAAGUGUUACACUCUACACAACCGAGCCAACAAGAAACAAAAAUUGGAAUGUAAUUUUAAUUUUCAUCUGCUGGUUCAAAAACAUCAUCAAAUGCAAGCAGUUAAACUUAUUCACCAAAUCUAUUCCGAUCCAAAGAAUAAGGAAUUUAUCGCCGUAACAGAUGAUUGGACUAGAUUAAAAAAAUCAGCUUUUGAAUUUGGCUCAUUACCUUUGAUUGAUUAUUUAUUUAAUCUAAAAAUUAAAUAA